UUGCCCAAGGUCACACAGCAGUUUAGCAUUAGCAGAGUCCAAGUUCUCAGCUCGGGGAUUGACGGGGUGGCUCUGAGGGUCAGGAUCCAGGCCUAGGGCUCAUGUCAGUCACUGCUGACUAAUAAAAUCCCAGCCUCUUUGCGGGAAGGUCCAGGGUUGCAGAGGACACAUGCAUUGCAGAGCCAGCUAGGGGUCCUCAGCCUACAUUUGUCUUGAUUUUUGACAACUUUAAGCCAGAGACCUUUAAGGAAGCCAUCAUGGUCCAGUAGACAUACAGGAUUUCAAACUCACCAGCUGGGUAACCCUGUGGAAGUCACUUAACCUCUCUGAGCUUCAGUUUCCUUCCUCAUCUUGUCCUCCAUCUCCGGCCCCCCGAAUCCUUGCUCCUUUGACUUCUACCUGCUUAGGGUGCUUGUUUCCGUUAGUACUUACUAAGUUCGUGGUGAUAGGCUAGGCGCUGAGGGAAAGCACUUUGGAGUGGGUAGGAGCCAAGUGUGAGGGGAAUAAGAGCAACAGGGGUGUCUAGCAAGCCUGGGGGGCCAUCCUUAAUUGCUGUGGGGCUUGGGAGCACUAACUCACCCUCUCUGUGUGUCUCUCCCCUCCUCAACAGUCCCUUGAGGAGAUUCCACCCCCAGUUUUCAGGCAAGCUUGUGCCAAAGAUAAACCAGACAGGGAUGCAAAGUCCCUCCCUCCCUCCCUUCCAAGGAAGAAUUAGAUCAGGCAUAGGAUCCCAGAACCUUAAAGAAAAGACAGCAUCGAAAUUGCAGGUUUGGGCUAGUUGGCUGCUGACUGAUCCUCAUCCCUGCCAUGGCCGCUGUUACCUAUCCUUCAUCCGUGCCUACGACCUUGGACCCUGGGAAUGCAUCCUCAGCCUGGCCCCUGGACACGUCCCUGGGGAAUGCAUCUGCUGGCACUAGCCUGGCAGGACUGGCUGUCAGUGGCAUCUUGAUCUCUCUGGUGUACCUGGUGGUGUGCGUGGUGGGUUUGCUGGGCAAUUCACUGGUGAUCUACGUGGUUCUGCGGCACACGUCCAGCCCAUCAGUGACCAGUGUCUAUAUCCUCAACCUGGCACUGGCUGACGAACUCUUCAUGCUGGGGCUACCUUUCCUGGCUGCUCAGAACGCCCUGUCCUACUGGCCUUUCGGCUCUCUCAUGUGUCGUCUGGUCAUGGCCGUGGAUGGCAUCAACCAGUUCACCAGCAUCUUCUGCCUCACCGUCAUGAGUGUGGACCGCUACCUGGCUGUGGUGCACCCCACACGCUCUGCCCGCUGGCGCACGGCACCUGUGGCUCGAAUGGUCAGUGCAGCUGUCUGGGUGGCCUCAGCUGUGGUCGUGCUGCCUGUGGUUGUGUUCUCAGGAGUGCCCCGAGGGAUGAGCACGUGCCACAUGCAGUGGCCAGAGCCAGCGGCUGCCUGGCGAACAGCCUUCAUCAUCUAUACGGCCGCACUGGGCUUUUUUGGGCCCCUGCUGGUCAUCUGCUUAUGCUACCUGCUUAUUGUGGUGAAGGUGCGGUCGACCACACGGCGGGUGCGGGCGCCCUCGUGCCAGUGGGUACAGGCACCCGCUUGCCAGCGGCGGCGGCGCUCUGAGCGCAGGGUGACACGCAUGGUGGUGGCUGUGGUGGCACUCUUCGUCCUCUGCUGGAUGCCUUUCUAUUUACUCAACAUCGUUAAUGUGGUGUGCCCGCUGCCGGAGGAGCCCGCCUUCUUUGGCCUCUACUUCCUGGUGGUCGCGCUGCCCUACGCCAACAGCUGCGCAAACCCCAUCCUCUACGGCUUCCUCUCCUACCGCUUCAAGCAGGGCUUCCGCAGGAUCCUGCUAAGACCUUCUCGGCGAGUACGGAGCCAGGAGCCAGGGUCUGGCCCUCCAGAGAAGACGGAGGAGGAGGAGGAUGAAGAGGAAGAAGAGAGAAGGGAAGAGGAAGAGCGGAGGAUGCAGAGAGGGCAGGAGAUGAAUGGGAGGCUCAGUCAGAUCGCACAGCCAGGCCCCAGUGGACAGCAGCAACGGCCUUGCACAGGGACUGCCAAGGAACAGCAGCUUCUACCCCAGGAAGCCACAGCUGGGGACAAGGCCAGCACGCUGAGCCAUCUGUAAGAACCUUCAAAGAGCCAGCAUGAUCCUGAAGAGAGCAGAAGCUAUGCUUGACCUAAGGCACGAGUACCAGACACAUGGCAGUGUUCUAAGCAAGCAACAGCUAGAGUGAGCUUAUUUACAUGGCUGUCCUGGCCCUCUCUGGACCGUUGUGGUACUAGGGUCCAGUGAUGGAAUGUCCAUAGGCCUGGGCUCUGUCCCACUGUGCCAGGGCUUGCUGUGUAUACUUUGGCCAGUCACUAGCCCUCUCUGGGUCUUGUUUUCUUCUUUUGACUCAGGGAUGGGUAAAAUGAGCCCUGUCAGAAGAGGGGUCUGGAAUCCUUAUUGGGAUUAAUCUCCUAAUCAGAGCCCAAGUUAAGAAUUUGCGCAGUCUGACCAAGAAACAAGAUAUCUUGGGGAUCAGUCUGUAUCUUGGCCCUCAAGGAGAUACACCAGGGCUUGGGAAAUCAGAGAUGCAGAUGACCUGGGGGUGGGUGCUUGGCUGAAACCUAAAGGAAGUGUUAGUUGGUGUGGUGGGAUGCCACGGCUUAGGACCCAAGUGAGCCCUUUCCAUGCUGCUCUGUGGCCUCAGCCACUCUGUUCAUGUGCAGGCCUCCUACCUCUUCUGCAGGGCAGUCCGGGUGUCCUACAGACCCUCACCCCAGCGUCUGAGCAUUGGGCCUUCUGUGCUCCUGGACACCAGGGGAAGAACUUCCCAGAAGGCAGGUGAAACCAAGUUUCAGGGGUUCUUGCUGCUUGGGCCCCCCUGGGACCUACAUGUGACUGGUCUUCUAAUUUUGUAUUCCUUCUCUGGAGGGAAGAUUGCACACCACCAGGCUCAGGCCACCCGGAGACUGACUCACCCUAUUCAGGUCAGCUACCUAGUCCCCAGGGCUAUGCAGCAGCCUGAGGGAAGGAGAGGGAGAAAGGAGGAGAGGGAGCUGAGGCAGUAAGAAGAGGAGGGGGAUGGGAUCGGAGGGAGAAGAGAACAGAACUUUGUGGUGAUCUUGAGUCAACCUUCUCCCCCUUGAGCUAAGCUCAGUUUGCAGCACUGAUGGUUUCAGGAAGGAUCUGAAGGAGACAUGUGACCAGGAUCCCCUGGAGAGUGCAUGGGGCUGGUGAGAGGGGCACAGGUCAUGAUGGAGUCGUGGGAAUGGGCUUGGCUCCUCAGGAGGGAUGGUAAGUCCUUUGUGUGGGUCAGUCCUCCCAUCUUCUAUUCCCAGGGCUCCAGCUGAUGUAGAGACUAACAGGCUGUCAUGGGGAGUAGCCACUGUCCCAGCUGGGUCAGGACUUCAUUCUUCCCCUCCCAGAGAUGGUCCUUCUGGUCCCAGCAGUGCUGGCCCUGGAAAGGUUGAGGCUUCUGCUCAAACCCCCACCCUACCCUGCAGAGGCAGGGUUCUCAGGGAACCCACAAAUCCAGAUGUUGAGAAAGCUGGAUCUUCUAUUCACCUCAAGCCUCUUGGCCAUACCCUCUGUCUCUGCGCCUCAGUAUCCUCAUCAUAGUGAGAAUGUGAUCCCCCAGUUCUCCAGUCUGUUAGAAUCCAGGAGGGAACUGAGUCAUGCCAGGCAAGCUACUGCUCACCACAAUGGGGCUGCGUAAGGAUACAAAGCGGCCGUGUUGUACCUCAGGCUCAGCCCACACCUUGCCCUUUAAGUGAGUGGCUUCGGUGUCAGCUACUGGAGGUGAAGGUAUUCAUGAGAAAUGGAGUGCAGGAGGUCAGAAGCCAAGGACCAUGGAGAAUGCAAGCCACCCCAGAAGGAGGAAGUUUGCAAACAUAGGCAUGUAUGGGGCCUGAGGCCCGGCCCAGGGGUUCCUCUGAGAAGGAGCUGGGUCAGGAAGUAAGCAGUCCAACCUUCCUGGAUGGGGUAGGUGAGCCACGUCUUGCAAAGGAGUGGGUGACCAGUUGAGAAGUUCUUUGCUGCUUCUGACCUGAGCUCCUGUCAAUAAAGAUAGUGACUAAGACCA